CACAGGACAAAUCCUGUACCACAGGCAACUUGAGGUAAUUUGCUAGUGCUCAUCUGUUUGCCAGCAGUCCUGCAGCGUUGUCCCUCUUACCACCCCUCUGUGGGGCCCCUUUCCUUUUCUAUGAUAAUAGUGACAUUCAGCGGGGAAAGGGGAGAAGCAAACGUUGAAAAGCCCAGGCACUGUGCUGGUGCCUUACUUGAUUUGUUUAUUUUGGUAAGCUACUAUGCAGUGAACCUGCGCAGCCUUGUUGAAAUGACAGUGCAGGAACAUGCUGGUGGAUGGCCUGGAUAACAAGCCCAGAAAAGAGCGGCCCUGGCUUGGCAGCGAGGAAGAAUUUUUCUGCUGAGCUCCUCUCUUGCUGAAGAAUAUUUGCCUGGCACGGUGACAAGGAAGACCCCUUCCUCCCUGCUCAUAUAUGGCAAAGUUUCUUGCUGAGCUCCUAGGCUGCGUGUUGCCAGAUAAGGGCGCCUCUUCUGCAUGUGAGUCCAGACAGUCCUGUGGUGGUGUGAAGCAAAGCACUAAGCAGAAGACUGUGCUUUUCAGGACAUUGGCCAAGGAGAAGUCCUUAACUGCCCACAAACAGGAAAGGAUGCCGCAGACACCUCCCUUUGCAGCGAUGUUUGACAGUAGCGGCUACAACAGGAAUCUCUAUCAGUCCAAAGAGGACAGCUGUGGAGGCCUCUAUUACCAUGACAACAACCUCUUGUCGGGGUCUCUGGAAGCUCUGAUCCAGCACUUAGUACCCAACGUAGAUUACUAUCCUGAUAGGACGUACAUAUUCACCUUCCUUCUCAGUUCACGCCUCUUCAUGCAUCCCUACGAGCUCAUGGCCAAAGUUUGCCAUCUGUGCAUUGAGCAGCAGAGACUAAGUGAGCCUGGCCUGGACAAGAACCGGAUACGAAAAAUUGCACCCAAAAUCCUGCAGCUGUUGACUGAAUGGACAGAGACGUUUCCUUAUGAUUUCCGAGAUGAAAGAAUGAUGAGAAACUUAAAGGAGCUGGCACAGAGAAUAGCCAGUGGUGAUGAGAUGUAUCGGAAGAACGUACAGCAGCUCCUCCAGAACCUGCUUCGAAAGCUCGCAACUGUUAGCCAGUAUGAGGAAGUACUUGCAAAAAUUAAUGCAACGUCCACAGAUCGCCUCACAGUCUUAAAGACCAAGCCCCAGUCCAUCCAGAGGGACAUAAUCACAGUCUGCAACGAUCCCUACGCAUUAGCUCAGCAGCUUACACACAUAGAGCUUGAGAGACUUAAUUAUAUUGGACCAGAAGAAUUUGUCCAGGCAUUUGUGCAAAAGGACCCUUUGGAUAAUGACAAGAGCUGCUACGGAGGUCGAAAGAAGACCCGUAAUCUGGAAGCCUAUGUAGAAUGGUUCAACAGGCUCAGUUACUUGGUUGCAACAGAAAUCUGUAUGCCUGUGAAGAAGAAGCACAGAGCAAGAGUGAUAGAAUAUUUCAUUGAUGUGGCACGGGAAUGUUUUAAUAUUGGCAACUUUAACUCCUUAAUGGCUAUUAUUUCUGGCAUGAACAUGAGUCCUGUCUCUCGAUUAAAGAAAACAUGGGCAAAAGUGAAGACAGCCAAGUUUGAUAUUCUUGAGCAUCAGAUGGACCCUUCCAGCAAUUUUUAUAAUUACCGGACUGCUCUGCGUGGAGCCGCUCAGAGGUCCCUGACAGCUCAUAGCAACAGAGAGAAGAUCGUGAUACCUUUCUUCAGCCUCUUGAUCAAAGAUAUUUACUUCCUCAAUGAGGGCUGUGCCAAUCGUCUUCCAAAUGGUCAUGUCAAUUUUGAAAAAUUUUGGGAAUUAGCAAAACAAGUCAGUGAAUUUAUGACAUGGAAACAAGUGGAGUGUCCAUUUGAAAGGGAUCGGAAGAUUCUGCAGUAUUUGCUCACCAUCCCAGUCUUCAGUGAUGAUGCACUUUACUUGGCUUCUUAUGAGAGCGAAAGUCCUGAGAAUCACAUUGAAAAGGACAGAUGGAAGACUCUGAGGUCAACGCUUCUGGGCAGAGUCUAAUGCACGAGAUGGCUGCUGUUUCUGCUGUUGCUACAUUUUGUGGCUCAUCAAGGGGCAUGGCGUGGUUUAUUUCUUUGUGUACUGAGCAGCGUUCAAGGUGAUGAAAACUGCAGUCAGUUGAAAUACCUUGUCAACAAAGAUGAGACAAGUUAACUCAAGAACAAACAGGCAGCUUCUCACAUCAGACAGAUGAAAUUAAAUCACAGCCCACUCUUGGCUUAACUAUUGAUUGAAGACAGUGCUGGCAGAACCCUUUGAAGAGCUCAGAUGCCGCCUAUGAAUCAUUUCACACCUGGAUGAAGUAUUUUACCCCCUCCUUAUGCUGGAGCUAGCUGCUACAAGGACUCUGCAGAGUUAAUACUGGAUUAUGGAGGGGAAAAAAUUACCAUUCCUUUCAGUGAAAUCCAGGUUUGCAUUGAAGAACUUCAUUCAUAAUAAGCUGAAUAUAGGAACUUGGCCUGACUGGGAUUGCUAACAA